AUGGAACUGCUAAGUAUGGAGGCUGAAUACGUUGCCGAGUAUAAAGAAGCUCGCGCCAAGCUCGUGACCUUUCUCAAGGAUCAGGCUCGUCUGAUCCGAGCUCAGCCCAAUCCCACCAGCGUGGGAGAGGCACAAAUCAACUUGCGGGAGUCGGGUGUCGAACUCCUGGACGAUCUUGCCCGUGCUGCUCUGAUGAUGUCCUGCGAAGCCUUGGACCAUCCGUUCGUCACUACAAAACCAUUCGGCUGCUACAAUGAUAAUGUUGUCAACCAAUGCAUUAUGCUGAAAGAGGCUUUUCCAGUCUUGUCCAACAGACUUCGACUCAGCCCCCAGAGUGACAAGUGUGUUCAUUUUCUCCUCUGGGAUAUUUUAGCCAACUUGGGGAUCUAG